AGUGUGGCGAUCGCCAGUCUGCUGUGUCCCUCGGACACAGCAGAUCACGGAAAGAGCCGAAGAUGUCGGCUCAGUUAUGUGAUCAGCUGUGUCCAAUCACAGCUGAUCACAUGGGACAUGUACACUGAUCAUCAGGGCACUGAUGAUCAGUGUGCCCUGAUGAUUAGUGUGGCCCCAGAAGUGCCACUUGUCAGUGCUUAUCAGUGCCAGUGCCACAUCAAUGCCACAUAUCAGUGCCUACCAGUGCACAUCAAUGCCACAUAUCAGUGCCCAUCUGAGCUGCCUUUCAAUGUCACCCAUCAGUGCCAGUCACUGCCACCUAUCAAUGCCAAUCAGUGCCACCUAUCAGUGCCAGUCAGUGCCGCCUAAUAGUGCCAGUCAGUGCCGCCUAACAGUGCCAGUCAGUG